AUGAUCCCGACGCUGUUGACGCUCGCAUCGCUGUUCUCCAGUAAACUCGAGAUCUAUUCCAACGAGAUGUUCCCGACUACGAAGGAUAUGCACGGCAAGCUAGAAGAUAUCUCCAAAGAGUACUUCGACUUCAUCAUCGUUGGUACCGGAUUUACGGGCAGUUUCUUGGCUCAGCGACUAUCGGCUGAAGGCUGUAAUCGCAUCCUGGUCAUUGAAGCGGGUGACGUGCCGUCGUUCGACUCCUCGAUUCCAUUCGUCGAAAUCGGCGGCCUCAAGAAAACCGUCUGGGAUUACUUAUCAGUACCGCAAAAAUCUUCAGGUUUCGCCAUGAAAAACAAGCAAAUCCGAAUGAAAAUUCCAAAAGUUCUUGGAGGCGGAAGCAUUCUGGAAACCGGUGCUUACAUUCCGGCAAAUUUGGCUGACUUCGAGCACUGGUCACAGCUUGGCCUCAAGGGUUGGGAGAGUAUGCAGCGCUAUUCAUUUCGACUCAGUUCAAGCAGCAGCCACAGCAGCAUCGAUGCGAUCACCGGCAUCACCGAUAAGGAGCUGCUGCACAUGUUCUACAAGAGGGGCCCCCAGCAGGUGCUGAAGCCUCUGAAGUACCUAUGGCUGAGGGCUGCAGCAAACCAUGAGCAGACGAUCCUCGGCGACGAAUCGAAGGCACUGAAGAGCGGCGGAUACUUCUUACCUCAAACUCUCACCUACCAUGGCAGCAAGCUUAAUCCGGCAGCAGUAUAUCUGGGCAAGAGCCGGUCAAACGUGGUUAUAUUGUGCCGUGUAGAAGCUUAUUCCUUGAUCUUUUCACCUAACAGCAUCAACCAGGUCAUCGGCGUUCGCAUACGAGACCAAAUCUCAGGACAGAUAUUUAGUGUCAAAGCGCGUCAUGAGGUGAUUCUUGCAGGAGGUGGCAUCGGCUCGCCGAAAGUCCUAAUUCAGUCCGGAAUCGGACCAGCUGAUCAUCUGAAAUCUCUGAAGGCAAGCUUUGCCUUAAGACUACAUGUGUCACUGUACAUUAAAGUGAACAAGCUGGUCACCCAGGCGCUACUGGAGGAAAUCGACGACAAAAUGACACUGCAAAGUUACCUGGAAUCCGGCAGAGGGCUGCUGGCUAAUUCCAGCAUCAUUGGAAUAGCGUAUAUAAAAUCUGAUCCGGCGCUUCAACAUCCAGAUGUAAUGCUCCAGCUAAAGCCAUCCGGCCUAGUAGGACUCAAGAAAAUGCUGCAAGAAGAAAACCUCUUUUCUGAUUACGAAAGGUUACUGGACCCGACCGGCAGCCUAAAGAACAACUUAUUCUUGGAAAUGGUCGUUACGGAGUUGCGUCCAUUGUCACUCGGAACCAUGUGGCUUUGGAGACACAGCAACAACUCAUUUACACCAAGGGUAAAUCCGAGCUACCUAAAUGACCGCCGGGAUGUCAUGGUGCUUCUGCGAGGCAUACAAGAGGUGGAACAGUUAGUGAUGACGCCGAUCAUGAAACAGGUAGGGGCCGAGAUUCUCUACCCGUUUCUACCCAAGUGUCCGACACCUGAGUUUCCCGCUUCGAAUGCCUACUUGGAAUGCCUCCUGAAACACGUUGUAACCAGAGAACCUCAAGUGAGUCAGUUGACGGAAGGAAUGCCACGUGUCAUGCCACCUGUUUCGACGGAUAUUACGUUCGUUACUUAUAGAGUGAUCGGUAUGAGUGGGAUUCGGGUUGUUGACGAAUCGGUGUUUCCAGACUCCAUCACCGGUGGAUUGCCGGCGACUCUGCUUGCCCUAGCGAAUAAAGCGGCCGAAAUAAUCGCGGAAGAAAAUCACCUCUCUUGCUGA